CUCUCAAGAACCCUUGUUUCCUUCUCCUUUGGCCGUCAUUUCCACUCCCCCAACCCCAAGUUUACUCUAAAUUCUCUGGAGACGGAUGGAACCCAAAGAUCCCCGCGUCUGAACCGCCUACGAGGGACUCACCGGCGAUAUUUCUACGCCUAGCAGCCGACAGAAAGGCAUUACCCAGGGUAACGAGUCGGGUUCAGGAGACGAAGAAGAUGCGGGUUUCGAGAACGAGAGGAAUUUUGAGAAGGCUAAAAAUGAUAAUUUGAGCAAUGGAGACAAAACCCAGAAAUCCAAAAAAUGUUUGUUAUAUCCCCAAGGACACUGAAGGGAUGAGUCGAAAGAAGGCAUUUUUGGAUAAUGGGUCGGGAUUGGGGGAUAUACUUGGGAAUAAGAAGAAAGGGAAAGUCAAAUACAAGUGGGUUUGUGAGAUUUGUGGGUACACAAAUGGACAGUGGUGGGGAGUUUGCCAUUCUUGUGAUCUUUCCGGGACGAUGAAACAUUUUAUGGAAGAGGAAACUAAGAACAGAGGGCUCGAUUUUUCAGAAACUUUGGUGCGCUCUUGGCUACGGAAGGAUGCAGGGGAUUUGCUACCAGUAAGAUUGAUUGAAGUUAGCCGUGGUGUUAAGAAGAGGGAUUACCGGAUUUCACUGUUUGGUCCCUUUGGAAGUGAAGUUGCUAGGGUGCUUGGAGGCGGUCUUGUUCCAGAUCUGCAUAUCCAAGGUUUUCUUGAGAAUCGGUGAUUGUCUACAUAUUAACAUAUAAGAAACUUGACAAAGGUAGAAGUUGCAAGGGGAAUUACUCUGAAAAUACCCAUUGUAUCUUCACUGGCGAGCAUCGGUAAAGUUUUUCCUCUACUUUGAUAAUUAUGUUUUUUUGGAAAGAAAUGAUAAUUAUGAAUGAAAGGUGAGGAAUAAAGUGCUUAGUGUAGAGAGUUUUUCUUAUUAUGAAUCUUUGAUGUGAAUUCUCUUAUAAUCAAGUUAAUGGUUUAAUCUAGUUGAACAACUCUAAUUACUUGACAAUUCAAGUUUCAUUCUUUGGAUUGAAAGGACAUUUUGAACAUUGGUGUUUAGGUCAGCUCAUAUCGUCAAACUCUACUGGAGUACUGGGUGUAGAAUUGGAGACAUGCUUUCAUAUUACUCAACAUUAUAUCAGAAUGGUUUUUAAGAGUUAUUUACUUUCAUUCUUAAAUAUUGAACUAAAUAGUUGCUAGAAUAAAUCAUUUGGUGCUAGAAUUAUUUAUUUAUGUGUAAAAUCACGUAGUUAAGAGGGAGAAGAAAUUACAUGUCAA